AAAAAGAAAAAGAAAAAAAAUGGGACCAAAUCUGGAAGAGUGGAGAAGGAAAAGGAAUCCGCAGAUAUUUGUAACGUGUCAAUCAAACUUUUGAGUCUCCAGAAAUGAGAAGCAGAUAAAUACAAACAGGUACAACAAACUUCAAUCAGUGUUGUUGUUUGAGCCGGAGAGAGUCUCUUUACCUUCUUAGCCGUUCAUCUUCUUUUGCAGCUUUCUCAUCGACGAUUCCAAACCAAAGUGUUUGGGAAUAUGUGGUUCACGAAGACAAACCUAAAAAAUAUACUUAAGCUAGCGGAUUGAGAGCUUGAAGAGGAAGGAAGUAGUUCUGUAAUUAGUGACUUGCAGAGAUGUUGGGGAGAAAAAGGACUUGCGCAAAAUGGCUGUUGACCACAAAAUAUGGUUUUGCGAAAUCCUUUUCUGUUGAUUGGGUCCUCCAUCCCAGAUAUUCAAGUGAAGACUUGUACAUUACUUUUAUAGUUAGUGUUUAGGAUCUACUUUGUGAAUAGUGAUAGUGAUAGUUCUUGUAGAUAAUGGAAGCAAAGUGGGCCCAAGUACUGGAUGAUGGGGCAAGAAAUGUUGUCUGUUUGGACAGGAAAAGGGCAGCUCGAUGCACAAAAAAAAUAGUUAGCGUUCGCCAACAAGUGUUGUCACAACGGUCUGGCUUGAACUUAUCUUUUGGCAAGGUCGGUAAGCGUAAGAGAUCAGAUUCAUGCAAAAGUCAGUGUGGAUCAUGCUCGAAGAGAUCUUUACUUAAAAACUAUAUGAAUUUCACUAAAAGUGGGCUUCCUCAACGAUUUUUGUAUCAUCAAAAUGGUGAGUGGACUGAUUAUCCUCAAGACAUUGUGGAGUUGGUCAGGAGGCAUUUUCACUUGAAAAAUGCGGCAGUGAAUGUGGAAUUCAAUGGCUGCCAUUUAUUGCUUGAUAUUUUGUAUAUGAUUGAAUUGGAGUUGAAAACGGGUUUACAGAAGUACAUUGCUUGGAUUGAUGAAGCGGGAUGUUGCUUCUUUCCAGAAUUCCCCUCUUGUGUUAGUGAAACAUGUGAGUUCUGCCAAUCUAAGUUAGAGGAUGAUGCAACUGUUUCAUUAUCAGAGCCAAAUGAGAUGCCUGACAUCAAGUUGCAGCUUGAGAUUGGAUUAACUGAAGUGAAUAGUUCUAAUUCAGAGGAAUGUGUUGAAGAGUCAAAUGUUCGUGCUAAGAGGAAUAAGGUUGAAACAAAAUCUGUUAGUAACUGUGAGGAUCUGGAAGUCAGUGACAAUGAUAAUCGAACUUCAGAUUUCAGUUCACACAAGUCUAGGGGGGAAAAUCAACAAAUUGCUGAAAAUAGAACAACUAAGUAUGUAGUUAUGCACGAAAUGCUGGACUUUGAUACCGUGAAGGACAAGUUUGUUACGGGCAUGGGUUCAUCUGUAAGUGCAAAUAUACUAGAGGUCAAGCGCUGCUCUAGUGAUUUGUGGCAAACUCGGCUAGAGCUAUUUCAAAAGCAGGUUGAAAUAACCAAGAAGAAUCGUGGCAAUCCAAAUGUCCAAUAUGGCUGGCUAGCUGCUAGUAAAGAUGCUUUAUCUAGCAUCAUGACAUAUGGGCUUGGGCACGGUGGACACAAAAUGAUGUCCUCAUAUGGCAUUGGAGUUCACCUUGCACCAUUAAACUAUUCGCAUAUAAGUGCAAGUUAUUGUGAUGAUGACGAAAAUGGGAUAAGAUACGUAGUGUUCUGUUGUGUGAUAUUGGGAAAUGUGGAGGUUGUCAGUCCUGGAUCUGUACAAUGUCGUCCCAGCACUGAAAACUUCGAUAGUGGAGUUGAUAGCCUUCAAAGCCCACAUCAUUAUAUAGUUUGGAAUAUGAAUAUGAAUACCCAUAUUUUUCCAGAGUUUGUUGUCAGUUUCAAGAUGUCUUCCAGUGCUGAUGGUGGAUGUCUUGUUGCUAAAGAAAAUAGAAUUGAUGUCUCGGGAAUUACUAUUUGUGAGUGGCCUCAAAGCCAGGUGCAGUUGUAUCGCUCUCCAGUUGUAUCAGAGAAUUGUCAACCAUUUCCAGAGCUUGGGAAGAAAUGCCAAGAAAAGAUUGUGACCCUUGGUUCAAAUUCUUCGAAGACUCCCAAAUCACCAUGGAUGCCUUUUGGCAAGUUGUUUGAAGUUAUCUCAAAAGAAACAUCUCCUAAAGAUAUGGAGUUGGUGAACAUUCAUUAUCAACAAUUCAAGAGCAAUAAGAUUAGUAGGGAAGAUUUUGUUAAAAAGUUGAGAUGGAUUGUUGGGGAUACGUUGUUGAGGUCCACCCUAAUGGGUCUUCAGUGCGAGCCGCCAGUUAUGAAAACGCCAAAGCUGGAGCCAGAAUAAUGGCUCACUUCUGACUGUUACUGGGGUUUGCUGUAUGCCUGGUAAUCACUUAUUUUCUGCUUUUGCCCUGGAAUUUGUCGACAUAAUGUUGUGAACUAUUUGAUAUAAGGUUUAAAAGAAUUGCCAUAAGUGCUUUGUUUUUAUUUAUAUAUCUUCCUUUAAGCUGUUUUAGGUUUAGGCGACCUGUGAAUUGGUAUUGUAGUUUCAAGGGUUCCUGAAUUAAAUUGUGAACAUUUGGCCUCAAUUUCAUAAUAAAUGAUUAAGUUUUUGGCUGGAUUACCAAA